AUGACAUGUAAUGUGCCAUCUACUGUAUCAAAGAAGUCCCAGACCUAUCAAUGGUACAAAGAUAAGAGACCAAUACCAGGAGAUCAACAGAGUCUUCAUAUAUUUAUAUCUUCAGUAGAGGACAGAGGAGAUUACCAGUGUCAGACCAUCGGUGGUGAUAUCAGUGAUCCCGUCUUCCUAUAUGUUAUAUUCCAUGAUGUCAUCCUGCAGAGACCUCCAUCUGAUAUAUAUGAAGGAGAUCCCCUGACUCUGAGAUGUCAUAAUGUGAUAUUUUAUGAGGAAAUAAACACAAAAUUCUACAAGGAUGAUCAGGAGAUACGAUCAUCAGAAUUUGACUCCACAUUCCAUAUUCCUAAUAUAACGAUGAGUGAUUCUGGAUUGUACAAAUGUACUAAACAAAUACACCGCUAUGAUGAUUCAACUGUGAUGGAGCGCUCAGGUGUAUCCUUUAUCUCGGUGAAAGAGCUCUUCUCUCCUCCAGAAAUAAAAGUGACCCCGUCCGGGGUAAUAGUAGGAGAUGAGAUGACGGUGAGAUGUGACAUAAGACUGGAUCCUCUCAGAGGCGGCACAGAGCUGCACUUUGCCUUCUACAGAGAUGGACGGACUGUGCGGGAAUUCGGUAUAUCCAAUACAUACAGAGUGCGGUCAUCUCAGCUGGAGGAUUCUGGGAAAUAUACCUGUGAAGUGAGGACGGAGUCUGACACUGUGAGGAAGAUGAGUGAUGAGUUCUAUAUCCCAAAAUAUGAGCUCUUCUCUCCUCCAGAAAUAAAAGUGACCCCGUCCAGGGUAAUAGAAGGAGAUGAGAUGGCGGUGACAUGUGACACCAGACUGGAUCCACUCAGUGGCGGCACAGAGCUGCACUUUGCCUUCUACAGAGAUGGAGGACCUGUGCGGGAAUUCGGUAUAUCCAAUACAUACAGAGUGCGGUCAUCUCAGCUGGAGGAUUCUGGGAAUUAUACCUGUGAAGUGAGGACAAUGUCUGACUCUGAGAAGAAGAUGAGUGAUGGGAUAUAUAUCCAGAUACAUGAGCUCUUCUCUCCUCCAGAAAUAAAAGUGACCCCGUCCAGGGUAAUAGAAGGAGAUGAGAUGACGGUGAGAUGUGACACCAGACUGGAUUCACUCAGAGGCGGCACAGAGCUGCACUUUGCCUUCUACAGAGAUGGAGGACCUGUGCGGGGAUACAAUGUAUCUGAUACAUACAGAGUGCGGUCAUCUCAGCUGGAGGAUUCUGGGAAAUAUACCUGUGAAGUGAGGAUGACGUCUGACACUGUGAGGAAGAUGAGUGAUGGGAUCUAUAUCCAGAUAACGCAAAUACACGAUUACACGGUGCAGAAUAUAAUACGACUGGUGAUCUCUGGAUUUGUAUUGUCUGCUGCCCCAGCAGAUAACAUUGUAGGAUAA